AUGAGCAGGCGGAAUUGUUGGAUUUGUAAGAUGUGCAGAGAUGACUCUAAGAGGCCUCCUUCAAACCUUACUUUGGAGGAAGCAUUACAGUGGGCCCAGUCUUUUGAAAAGUUGAUGGCUACGAAAUAUGGUCCGGUAGUCUAUGCAGCAUACUUAAAAAUGGAGCACAGUGAUGAAAAUAUUAAAUUCUGGAUGGCGUGCGAAACCUAUAAGAAAGUUGCCUCACAGAGGAGCAGAACUUCUAGGGCCAAGAAGCUUUAUAGGACUUACAUCCAGCCACAGUCCCCUAGAGAGAUUAACAUUGACAGUUCGACAAGAGAAACCAUCAUCAAGAAUAUUCAAGAACCCACUCAAACGUGUUUUGAAGAGGCUCAAAAAAUAGUGCAUAUGCACAUGGAAAGGGAUUCCUAUCCCAGGUUUCUAAAGUCAGAAAUGUACCAGAAACUUCUGAAGACUAUUCAAUCCAACAACAAUUCUUGA